GUGCAAUGCAAGCAUAUUCUGUCCUAAAAUAACAACGCUGGCGUUUUGUUCUCGUGUCAAUUUCUACAAGCACCACCACACCCUCUCUUCUAUUCUGUAUCCACCACCAUCUCUUCACUUUCUCGCUCUAUUCUCUCCACACAUAAGCUCUGGAACCUUCCAUUGCAAUGGCCACUGCUACCGAGAAGCUCCCCGCUCUCCAAUCCGCUGUUGCUCAAUUGACCGAAAUCAGUGAGAAUGAGAAGAACGGAUUCAUCAACCUCGUCUCUCGCUAUCUCAGUGGCGAAGCGCAGCAUGUGGAAUGGAGUAAGAUCCAGACGCCUACCGAUGAAGUGGUUGUGCCUUAUGACAGUUUGGCGCCAACUCCUGAUGGUUCUUCAGAAGUAAAGAGCCUCUUGGACAAACUUGUGGUGUUGAAACUUAACGGAGGCCUGGGAACAACUAUGGGUUGCACUGGUCCUAAAUCGGUCAUCGAAGUUCGUGAUGGGUUGACAUUUCUAGAUUUAAUUGUCAUCCAAAUUGAGAAUCUCAAUUCCAAAUAUGGAAGCAAUGUUCCUUUGCUCUUGAUGAACUCAUUCAACACUCAUGAUGACACUCAGAAGAUUAUUGAAAAAUACCAAAACUCAAAUAUUGAGAUUCAUACUUUUAACCAGAGCCAGUAUCCUCGAUUGGUCGUUGAGGACUUUUUGCCAUUGCCUUCCAAAGGGCACGCUGGCAAGGAUGGGUGGUACCCUCCUGGCCAUGGGGAUGUCUUCCCAUCAUUGAUGAACAGUGGCAAACUUGAUGCACUAUUGUCACAGGGUAAAGAGUAUGUGUUUGUUGCCAAUUCGGAUAACUUGGGAGCUAUAGUUGACUUGAAAAUAUUAAAUCACUUGAUCCAAAACGAGAAUGAAUACUGUAUGGAGGUCACUCCCAAAACAUUAGCUGAUGUAAAGGGUGGCACUUUGAUUUCUUAUGAAGGAAGGGUUCAGCUCCUGGAAAUUGCACAAGUCCCAGAUGAACAUGUCAAUGAAUUCAAGUCAAUAGAAAAGUUCAAAAUUUUCAACACAAAUAAUUUAUGGGUGAACUUAAAAGCAAUUAAAAGGCUUGUUGAAGCUGAUGCUCUUAAGAUGGAGAUUAUUCCCAAUCCAAAGGAAGUUGAUGGAGUAAAAGUUCUUCAGCUGGAAACUGCUGCUGGUGCAGCAAUAAGGUUCUUUGACAAGGCUAUUGGGAUUAAUGUUCCUCGAUCACGAUUCCUUCCUGUGAAGGCAACUUCAGAUUUGCUUCUUGUCCAGUCUGACCUCUACACUUUGGAAGAUGGAUUUGUCAUUAGGAACAAAGCUAGGGCAAAUCCUGAAAACCCUUCUAUUGAAUUGGGACCAGAAUUUAAAAAGGUUAGCAACUUCUUGGGCCGCUUCAAGUCAAUUCCUAGUAUUGUUGAUCUUGACAGUCUAAAAGUGGUUGGUGAUGUAUGGUUUGGAGCUGGUGUUACCCUCAAGGGGAAAGUCAGUAUCGUAGCAAAGUCUGGUGAAAAGCUGGAAAUUCCUGACGGUGCUGUAAUUGAGAACAAGGAAAUUAACGGCCCAGAGGACCUGUAAGGGAGCUAAUGAGUUUAGAAGUAUUGGACUGUAUAGUAUCUUUACAGUCUCGUGUUAUUUCAAUUAUUACUUCUCCCAUGUUUGAGAGGGUAAGAAAAUAAGGUGUUUUUGGUUGAGAGGAUGUCUCAGUAUGGACUUUCUCGUUGUCUUGUGAUUCUGUGCAGAACCAAAAAAAACUGACAAGGUCGGCCAUGAGUUCUUCCCUUGCUAUGCUAGCGUUCAUGCCAUUUUGUAUAAAAACGUUUUUCCAUUACCAUGAGUGGCUUAUGAAACUAUGAGGUCUCAAACGAGAAUUAAGAAGCAAAUAUAAUCGAGGCUUAAC